AUGGAACAGGAGUUUCUAAUCCAGACUUUUGAAACUGAAAAAACUUUCCUUCGCUAUGGAAGCUUCUACCCUUGUCGCAAACAAAUUAAGUUUAUUCUUUUGGGCUUAUUCAUGUUUGUCUACUCCUGGACCGAAUUCCUCUCAAUGAUCACAGUUCUCUUCAUCGAAAACGACAAUCUCACAAAAUUAUCCGAAACUCUGCUAUUUUGCAUGACUCAAGCCGCGUUUUUAUUCAAACUUGGAAAUUUUCUCUACCACAAUAAAACCAUGAUUCGGAUCGAAACCAUCCUCAAAAAUCCGAUUUUGAACCAUUUGAACCAAUUUGAGAAAAAAAUCGUAGCGAAAUACAUGAUUCGAGUGAAAUAUUUGGCGAGACUUUUCCGAAUUUUGUGUAUUUUGACCGUUUCUUUUUACGGUUUAUUUCCGUUUAUUGACGAAGACCCGGACCACAUGUUACCACUACCAGGAUGGUUCCCAUUCGAUGUGAAAACCCACCAAAUCGAGUUGGUCAUUGCCCAGACUUGUGGUAUCGCAAUUGGGGCUUUUCUCAACUCAACUCUGGAUAUUUUGCCCACGAUUUUGAUCACUUUGGGCUCGGCACAAUUCGAUAUUUUGAAAACUAGACUGGAAAAUAUCACAAAUUUGGAUACUUCGGUCCAAAAAGCAAUCAAAAAAUGUGUAAUUUAUCACAGCGUUCUUCUAACUUAUAUCACACAAAUUGAAAUUUUAUUCCACAAAGGCAUUUUUGUGCAAUUUGCUGCAAGUGUUGUUGUUAUUUGUCUCACAGGUUUCCAGAUGCUUGUCUUUAAGGAUUAUGAUCUUCGCAAUACCUUUGAUACCGAACGAAAUCUCUUAACCCUUUCAGGAUUUUACCCUCGAAGGACCCAAAAACACAAUUUUCUCUACACCACAAGUGCCCUUUUCAACUUACUCGUCUCCUAUGGGCAAUUAUUCUCAAUGGUUGCCCAAAUGGUAAUCGACAGAAACGAGCUUUCGAAAUUCAGCGAAACUCUCUUAUUUUUCAUGACACAUUUCACGUUUUUGUGCAAACUCACCAAUUUCGUCUACAACAAGAGGAAAAUGUUCGAAAUUGAGGACAAUCUCGCCAAGGGCAUUUUCUACGGCUUUGAAAUCGACAAAAUCAAACCCAAAAUCGAAUCAUGCAAAUUCGUUGCUAAAAUUUUUCGAAUUUUGUGCAUUUGGGUGAUUUUGUUGUACACAAUGGUACCAUUUUUGGACGAUAAGGAGGAUUUAAGUCUACCAUUACCAGGCUGGGUGCCCUAUGACACGAAAAAGUUCUAUUACCCAACUGCAAUUUUUCAAAUAAUUAGCGUUUCUGUUAGUGCUUAUAAUAAUUCAACUAUUGAUAUUUUGACCUGUAUGUUGAUUACGGUGGCUUCUGCUCAGUUUAAUUUACUCAAAGAGGCCUUAAAAAGGAUGGAUUUUAGACCAGAAGGGCACAACACGAAAAAAUUAAUUGAGGCAAAAUUCGAAAAUUGUGUCAAUCAUCACAAGGAAAUUGUCAAGUUUGCGUACCAAAUUGAGGAUAUUUUCUCCAAAGGGAUAUUUUUGCAAUUCUUUGCCAGUCUUAUCGUUAUUUGUUUCACCGGAUUUCAGAUGAUUGUUGUGCCAAUCCCAAGUGUGCAAUUUAUUUUUUUAAUUAUUUAUUUCUCAUGUAUGAUGUGUCAAGUUGCAAUGUAUUGCUGGUACGGUCAUGAUAUUAUAACAACGAGUGAUUCAAUUGGGCAAGCUUUCUAUAUGUCUAAUUGGUACGAGUCUGAUGUUAAAGUGCGCAAAAAUAUUUGUAUUUUUUUGGAAAGGGCCAAAAAACCGGUCAUUUUAACAGCAUGGAAAUUUGUUACUCUGUCACUGACUACGUUUACAACCAUUCUGCGGUCAUCGUAUUCGUAUUUUGCAGUGCUGCAACGCUUAUACAAAGAAGAUUCUUAA